GUCAACUCCCUGGACGACAACGGGGUCCUGGUGGGCAACUGGACGGGCAACUAUUCCCAAGGGACCAACCCGUCCGCGUGGGCCGGCUCCGUGGACAUCCUCCGCUCCUACCACGCCACGGGGGCCCCCGUGCGCUACGGCCAAUGCUGGGUCUUCGCCGGCGUCAUGACCACGGUCCUGCGCUGCCUGGGGCUGCCCACGCGCACCGUCACCAACUACAACUCGGCGCACGACACCGACGUGUCGCUCACCACCGACAUCUACUUCGACGAGGCCAUGAAGCCCCUGGAGCGCCUCAACACCGACUCCGUCUG